AUGAGGAGAGUGCGACGAGAGCGGCUCGUUCUCCCUGCCUCGCUGCUGAUGGCCUGUGCCGUGGACUGGCGCAAGGUUGGAGGUGGGGGAGCGACGGAUGGCCUGCCCAGUCGCGCGGCUGUGCCAGGUGUGCAAGGAGCAGGUCCCGGUGUUGCCGCGGUUGCUGCAGCUGGUGCCGUUGCUGUAGGAGCGCGAGGUGCCCGAGCGUCGGAGACGAAACCGGCUUCUUCCGGCGAGGCCAGCUCCUUGACCACUUCUGUGUUGAACUUGGCCAAGAACAUCAUCGGUGCGGGCAUGCUUUCUUUGCCCGUGGCGUUGAAGGGGGCUGGCCUGGCGCCGUACCUGCUGGGGAUCGCAGUCUUCGGCGCGGUGAACGCCUACUCCUUCUUCCUGCUGGGCUGGGCCUGCGAGGUCUCGGGUGCCAAAUCCUUUGGGGAGCUCUGGGCCAAGAGCCUGGGAGGCAACGCCUGGGUGGCCGACGUGUCAGUCCUGCUGAACAAUGGCAUGGCAUGCCUGGCGUAUUGCGUCCUCAUGGGCGAUUUCUUUUCCAAGGCCCUGGCUGGCCUGCUGCCAGAUGUGCUGUGGCUGCAUCAGCGCAGCGUGGAUCUGGUGAUCGUGGGCGCGUGCCUGUUGGUGCCCCUGUCCUUGAUGAAGGACUUGGCACCGCUGCGCUAUGCGUCCCUCGCCGGCCUUGCGGCUACGGCCUACGUCUUUUUCAUGCUCGAGAGCGACUCCUUCUCGGCCAAUUGGACGGUCUCUGGGCCCGUGAUGAAUAACUUGACGCCUCUCCGAAUCGACUUCUUCGAGGCUUUGGCACUCUUCAGCUCAGCCUUCAUGGCUCACUACAAUGCGCCCAAGUUCUACUCCCAGCUGCAGGACCGAUCAGUGCCUCGCUUCGGCCUGCUGGUUUCCCUGGCCUUCGGGUUGGCAUUGCUGGUCUUCAUGGCCUUUGGAGUUUGUGGCUUCGCCCUGUUCGGCUUUGAUGUGGAGGGCAACGUGCUGAAGAAUUAUGACUUCAGCCCCAAGGUGAUGCUGGCGUGGCUCAGCAUGGGCUUCUCAGUGGCCUUCACCUACCCCCUGGUCUUCAGUACCUUCCGCGACUCCUUCACAGCGCUCACUGGCUCCUCGGAUGGCUUUCGCGUUGUCUUCACCAUUGCCGCGGUGUUUGCCACUGUGAUCGGCGGCAGCAUCUUCAGCAAUGUUGCGAAGGUGAACGGAGUGAAAGGUGCAAUCCUGAGCCCCUGUUUGGCCUUCGUUUUCCCAGCUUUGAUCCACCUGAAGUUGACCAAGCCCAGCAACAGGUCCCAGAUGUUGAUGCGAAGCAUCAGCAAAUGCGGCAGCCUUAGAGUGCCACAUCAUUUCUCUUCCUUAGCAGAGCAGCAGAGCAGCAGAGCAGCAGAGCAGCAGAGCUACGACGUUCGUGACAUUCUGGCUCGUAGUGUCACCCGCGCCCGCCCCCUCUCCGUUAGAGGCCCGAGCAGGUCAUGA